GCCUCUGUCUGUUUUAUUCCAUAAUCUCUUUGCUUUCCCUUACUGAAUGUUUUUUCAAACAAACUCAUUAAACAAAGUACUCCUUUAUUCUCGGGUAGAUGGAACUAAGAGAGAGAACAAACAGCAGUAAUGCACUUGCUGUAGAGAACAGAAAAAAAAAAAAACAUUCCAAGAAAUUUUGUUAAUACAUGCCAAUGCAGUUUUAUAUGAGAAGGGAUAGUUCCAUUCAAGAGAAACUGCAUUUUCCAGGACAUCUACAGUGAAGAAAACAUCUCAGACCUCACAUCCAGCAAGGGCUACAGCUUGGCACUCAUUUUCUCGAGAGAAAAGACAGACAAAAGGUGACAGCAGAUAAUCAUCAUGGCAUCAGCAAGUCUGCAGUUCUUUGCUUUUAUUCUGGCUUUGUUUGGUGUUUUUGGAGAUAUCGCGGCCACCCUGCUACCAAACUGGAAGGUAAAUGCAGAUGUUGGCUCAAAUAUCAUAACAGCUAUAACACAGAUGCAAGGACUUUGGAUGGACUGCACGUGGUACAGCACUGGGAUGUUUAGCUGUACCCUGAAAUACUCCAUUCUCUCUCUCCCCGUCUACAUCCAGGCUGCACGGACCACCAUGGUACUGUCUUGUAUCCUAUCAGCAUUUGGGAUCUGCAUCACUACAGUUGGAAUGAAAUGCACAAAGUUGGGAGGGGACAGUGACAGCAAAAGUCACGCUUGUUUUGCUGGAGGAAUCUGCUUCAUUCUUGCAGGAAUCUCUGGUUUAGUACCAACAUCCUGGUACACAAGAGAAAUUAUUUCAAAUUUUCUGGACCAGACCAUUCCAGAGAGCAGUAAACAUGAACCAGGAGGAGGUUAUACAGGAUUCAUUUCAGCAGGCUUUCUGCUUAUCGCAGGUGUGAUCUUCUGCACUUCGUGUUUUAACAAGCAGCAAGGAGGAUGGAUUUACCCUCCAAAGCAGCACCAUUUCCCAUCCACAGAGCAGGAGAGCAAUGAAGGUUACAACCUGAAGGACUAUGUGUAAAUAGUUACUUCUAUCCAUUCAAGGGGUUUUUUAUGCGCUAAUUGUAGUUUGAUUAUUUCAAAGAAUGUAUAACCAAGCACUUAACUUUUCCUAUAUCUGGGUUGCAGUUAUGUUUAUGCAAGGUAUUUAAUUCAUAGGGGCAUCCACAAGAAGGAAAGAAGUAGAAAAAUGGUAAUGGUCUGCUACAAAAGUACUUUAUUUUGCUGAUUUUUCAAACCAUGCUGACUUUCCACGUAGCAUUUACUGAAGAAAAAGGAACUAUUUUCAAACAUAACUGACUGUACAAUUAAGGUACCGAUGUCUUGUUAUAGGAAAGAUGAUUAAAGACUAACUGCUUUCUAUUUAGCGAAUCAGGCUUUCAAUAACGUAACAUUUUAUAGUGUAUUUUACAUUUUUAUCCCUAUCUUAGUUAUGAUGCAAGGAAAAGAAGCUCAAACAUUAUUUGUCCAAGAAGCCCAAUUCAAUGUUUUUUAAAAAGCAGACACAUCUGCCUUUCAUUUUCAACUGUAAAUUGCCUCGUAACUAGAUUUCAUAACAAAAAAAAUAAACAAACCACCACCACAAAAAACCCAACAAACAAAAAAAAAACCACAACAAAAGCUCAUGGCUCCAAACCUUAGCUGCACUGUAUGCUGUAUACUGAUAUAUGCAUAUCAGACUGAAGAAUCAGCAGUAUCAUUUAGAUCUUGCCAAACACAGCUCUCGCACCUCAAACUGCCACCUGCUGUGGGUUUCAUUGAUUAUUGUUAAGAAAUGUCUGCUGGACAUUCACCAAUUGCUACUAAUCUAUCACUGCACAAUGAAUGUUAGAUAACGAGGAGCAAUACAACAACAGAAAUGUAACCAUAACUCUGAAAACACCUGCAAAUUUUAACACACAGCAUAUAAACCCCUGUAGGGUCUCUUUCAGGUCCACUCCCAUGUAUUCUCUUACUGUAAAAUGUAGCAUACAACAAUCAUAAGACAGCUCCAUUAUUUAUUUUCUUAACUCCCUUAUUUUGAAUAAUUAUCUUAAAUCCCUUAACCUUCUCUUUCACCACAUAGAUUUUGUUUUGUAUUAGUCACUGGCAAGGUAUGUUGUAUCUAAAUACUUCCCUAAACAACAACCAUAUUGAUGAAGGAAAAGGGGUACGAUUCAGGCCUUUAAAUUUAGGAAUAUGGUAACGCUGGAUGAGUCUUUCGAUAAAACCAACUGCUAUUUAUUCUGCAUAUUUAUACACAACUUUUAUUUCCCAUGUUACUAGCCUGAAAUUUGCUAAAGCAGUAUGAAGGAGCCUAAACAUUAUAUGUUCAUUAAGUUGGAAGAAGUAAGAUCUUCUGCUAUAGCAUUUUAGAAAGCAGACUGUUUUAUGAGUUUAACAUGUAAAGAAUCUAUUCACAGAGAGUCUUCAUUCUUCAUACAUAAAAUGGCAUUACAUCUGCUUUUUUUACUACUGUUACAGCCAUUUUGAGUUUCCUAUGUAUCAAUCAAGGAGUUUGUUUUGUACUAUUCCUAAAAUUACUAUCACCAGUUAUUUGGUAUUGCAGAGUCUUAACUAUGACCAAAAAGCCAAAUUUUCUUUUCUUAGACACAGUGUCGUAGAGCACCAUUCCAUUCCAUAAACCAAGUCUUUUAUGUCUCAACAUUCAUAGUAUUGUUGAAAUAAUAUUUAUACAUUGUGAGAAUUGAGGUAAACAACUCAUUCUCACAAACAUGCAUCUCCACCUUUAAUAAUGGGUUUGACGUGACACUUAGAUGUGAUCAUUGUUAUGUAUAUUAAUUAAAAUUAACAUCCGUAAAAUUAUAACCAAAAGGCAUCAAUUUACAGGAGGGCAUAACAGAAAGGUAAUAAUUGCAUCCUAUGUGCAAAAUGAAGUAUUCAUCGGUUACAUGCACUAGAAAUUUUUCUUCCUGAAACUUUAUACAGAAGUACCUGAACUUUGUAUGGUUAUGAAACAAAAAAUCAAGCACUGAGCCCUUCAUUCACAACAUGCUGAAGGACCUUUCCAAGGAGACAGGUUCUAUGAGAAGAUGUAUUGAGAAAAAUCAAUCUAUAACAGGAGUUUGAAGGAAACAAAAUAUAGUGAAAACAGGUGCCAGUUCUGUCUGAAAAAAUUGUACUUUCUGCAUUUGCAGUAUAAGCAAUUCUUGUUUUAACUCAAAGAAAUAUGUUAAAUAAAA